CUCGCUGGCCCUCAGCGUGCUCGCCCACUUUCGGACAGCCGAGCUACAGGCCCGGGUGCUACGCCUGGAAGCCGAGCGCGGGGAGCAGCAGAUGGAGACGGCUAUUUUGGGACGAGUCAACCAACUGCUGGAAGAGAAAUGGAAGCUCCACUCACGGAGGCGCCGGGAGGCCCCGAAGAUGUCUCCAGAUUGUAACUGCCCCCCAGGACCACCUGGUCCUACUGGAAGGCCCGGACUCCCGGGGAACAAAGGUGCCAUUGGGAUGCCCGGACGCGUGGGAGUAAAGGGCCAACCUGGGGAGAAGGGUGCCCCUGGAGAUGCUGGGAUGUCCAUCAUCGGUCCCCGAGGCCCCCCUGGCCAGCCGGGCACUCGAGGCUUUCCUGGCUUUCCGGGUCCCAUUGGACUGGAUGGCAAGCCGGGCCACCCCGGACCCAAAGGGGAGAUGGGCCUGACGGGUCCACGAGGACAGCCGGGACCUCAAGGACAAAAGGGAGAGAAGGGUCAGUGUGGAGAGUACCCACACCGGGAGUACCUAAGUGGUACACUAGCAGCUCUGCGUUCCAACCAGAUAAUUACCCUGAAGGGUGAACAGGGCCAGGCUGGCAUCCAAGGUCCACCAGGGCCACCAGGCCCCCCUGGGCCAAGCGGACCUCUGGGACAUCCAGGACUGCCAGGACUGAUGGGGCCACCCGGCUUACCUGGGCCUCCUGGGCCAAAGGGAGACCCAGGGAUCCAGGGCUACCAUGGCCGGAAGGGAGAACGAGGUCUGCCAGGGAUGCCAGGCAAGCACGGAGCCAAGGGAGCUCCUGGAGUGGCCGUGGCGGGGCUGAAGGGUGAGCCAGGGACCACAGGAGCCAAGGGUGAGAAGGGGGCCAUGGGCUCCCCUGGGCUCCCUGGGCUCCUGGGGCAGAAGGGAGAGAAAGGCGAUGCUGGCAACUCCAUUGGAGGCGGCAGAGGGGCACCUGGCCCCCCAGGGCUCCCCGGGCCCCCAGGGCCAAAGGGAGAAGCAGGUGUCGAUGGUCAACCUGGUCCCCCAGGACAGCAAGGAGACAAGGGGGAGCCUGGAGCAGCUGGAGGACAGGGCCCAGCUGGCCCCAAGGGCUCUAAAGGAGAACCCGGGAAAGGCGAGAUGGUGGAUUACAAUGGAAACAUCAACGAUGCUCUCCAGGAGAUCCGAACUCUGGCCUUGAUGGGGCCUCCUGGUCUUCCUGGGCAAAUUGGUCCACCUGGAGCUCCAGGGAGUCCGGGCCAGAAGGGGGAGAUUGGGCUGCCAGGCCCUCCAGGACACGAUGGGGAAAAGGGACCUCGAGGCAAGCCAGGAGACGUGGGGCCCCCCGGUCCCCAAGGACCUCCAGGAAAGGAUGGGCCUCCAGGAACAAAGGGAGAAAGUGGACACCCGGGGAGCCCAGGAGAGAAGGGAGAGAAAGGGGACAUGGGACAAGCAGGCUCGCCGGGUCUAGACGGCCCAACUGGGGAGAAAGGAGAACCAGGUGGCCCAGGGAGACCAGGAGCAACAGGAUUGCCUGGCCCAAUCGGGCUCCCGGGAUUUACAGGAGAGAAAGGAGAAGCCGGAGAGAAGGGUGACCCAGGAGUGGAGGUUCCUGGGCCACCAGGGCCAGAGGGACCUCCAGGACCUCCGGGGCUCCAAGGUGUUCCAGGACCAAAGGGGGAAGCAGGACUAGAUGGAGCGAAAGGAGAGAAGGGCAUCCAGGGAGAAAAAGGAGACCGAGGUCCUCUGGGAUUACCCGGAGCUUCAGGUUUGGACGGCAGACCUGGGCCACCGGGUACUCCAGGACCAAUCGGAGUUCCAGGCCCAGCAGGACCAAAGGGUGAGAGGGGCAGCAAAGGAGACCCUGGGAUGACAGGACCAAUGGGAGCAGCUGGGCUUCCUGGUUUACAUGGACCACCCGGGGACAAAGGAAACCGGGGACACCGAGGUUUUAAAGGAGAGAAAGGGGAGCCGGGGUUACCAGGGCUGGACGGACUGGAUGCCCCGUGCCCGUUGGGUGAAGACGGCUUACCUGUCCAGGGCUGCUGGAACAAGUGAUGCCUCUAACCUUGGAUUGGCCUGUGUGUGUGUUUGUACAUUGAAUAUUUAUUUUUAUACAGUUUUCACCUUUUGAAAAUGCCAGAAGUAUGAUGCAUCUUACAGAUUAUUAAAAAAAAAAGGAAAAACCUGCAUAUUUUGUACAGAAAGCACCAACCUCUUCCCUUUUGUUUACAAGAUGUUUUGUACAAGUCUAUGUCUUUAAUACACUUUUUGUUUGUCAGUACCGUCGUAAUGUUUGCAUGAUAUUUGUGCACACUUACCAAGUUGAAGCUGAAUAAAUUAUUGUGUUCUGGUGCCAAAGGGGGCCAGCCGGCACUGAGGGGCUGGCCAGCUUAUGUGUGAAUUCACAUAAAUGUGGAGGUCCAUGAUGUUUGCCAAACUAGGAGUGUCUAAAAAGAUUUUCAACUCUUAUGGAUUUUUAUUAUUAAAAAAGUGAACCGUGGCAA